AUGGUGUCAAAGAAUAUCUUCGCGGAGCCCAUUGAUGUCAAGCUGCCGCCGCCCCAAAUCUCGACUCGCAAGGAUCAUCCUGUUCCUCGAAAGGGAAUCGCGGAGAAUGCACCUCUUCAGACCAACAAGUUCUACUCCAAUUUUUUCUUGGAAGAUCAACGAUGUCCGACUUUCACGUUCCCCUACUCGCUCGCCUGGGCUGGAGGCAAGGGCACGACGGCUAGCUGGGGCAUGGCGUGCUCUCAUACGGAGGCAAGCCAACGGGUCUUCGGUAAGGAGAAGUUUAAUGGUGCUUCGUCCUAUUACCUCAACCCCGUCGGCAUCCAGUCCUUGGUCCUCUCUGCCAAGGAGCUUGGAAAAGAUACGAAGCUUUCCAUUGACAGCAUGACGGCCUUUUCGGCACGCGUGCAUCUCAGCAAGGAUGGCGGCUCUCCUCCUGCAAUGUCGUUCCCCUUGGUGCAGGGCAUGGCGUACAUCACGGCACAGUACAGCGGCGUGACUCCGGUCAUCCAAUCUGGUGUAUUCUUCAAGACUAUGACUCGAGUUACACGAGAUCUCAAGAAAGACCUGGCCAAGUUCACCUUCAAUCUGGAGGAUGGCUCAACUUGGCUGGUGUAUGCCUGGAGGACAAAGGGGGAUCCGCUGGACCUGAAGGUGACCAACAAUGGCCUGGCUGAAUCAAAGGCGCCGUUUUACGGUGUCAUCCAGGUCUGCAAGUGUCCAAAGAGCCAAAUAUCCGAGAAUAUCCUGGACGAUGGCGCUGGCAUAUAUCCCAUCUCACUUGAACUGACAGGUACCACUCGCGGACUUGAAGGCACCUACUCGUUCAAUUUCCAGAUCGACGGACAUCAGAAUGGCAACCUUUACAUGUACGCUCUCCCCCACCAUGUCGCCUCGUUUGAUCAAGAAACAUCAAGCCGCAUACAGAAGGAGACGCAGCUGCAGUCGACCACCAAGGGCCUUGCCACACUGGUCAAGGGAAAUCGCUGGACCAUGGUGGAGCCUGCAAUGCCGGUGGGCAUGUCGUUUGCCCCCUGGGAUCCGAAGAAGGGAAGCAUCGAGAAGCUGUCAGACCACGCGAAGAGCAUCAUCCGCUCGGCCGCCGCGAAGGAAGUCGCACAGAACAUGAUCUCACAAAGCAAUCUUGAUUCCAUGUAUUUCAGCGGAAAGGCCUUGGCCAAGUUUGCGACUAUACUAUAUGUGAUCAAGCACAUGCUGGGCGACAAUGCGCUGAUGCAAACUGGCUUGGGGCAGCUCAAGGCGGCAUUUGCCACGUUUGCGGCCAAUGAGCAAAAGUUUCCCCUUGUCCAUGAGACUGCUUGGGGUGGUAUUGUAUCGUCGGCUAGUUAUGUCACUGGAAACUCUGGCGCCGACUUUGGCAACACGUAUUACAAUGACCAUCACUUCCACUACGGCUAUCACAUCCUUGCUGGCGCCAUCAUUGGCCAUCUCGACUCGGACUGGCUGAAGCAGAACAAGGACUACAUCAACAUCCUCGUUCGCGACGUGGCCAACCCCAGCGCCAAAGACAAGCUGUUUCCCAUGUGGCGCAACUUUGACUGGUACCACGGCCACAGCUGGGCUCACGGUCUCUAUGCCGCUAUGGACGGCAAGGACCAAGAAUCAAGUUCCGAGGACAUGAUGCACGCAUAUGCCCUCAAGAUGUGGGGCAAAGUGAGCAAGAAUGCCGAUUUGGAGGCAAGGGGCAAUCUUCAGCUCUCCAUCCUCGCCCGAAGCCUGCAGAACUAUUACCUGUACAAAAAUGACAACCAGGUGCAGCCCAAGCAGUUCAUUGGCAACAAGGUGGCGGGCAUCCUAUUUGAGAACAAGGUGGACCACACGACGUAUUUCGAUCCCAACAUCGAGGCCAUCCAAGGCAUCCACAUGAUUCCUAUCCUACCCUCGACGCCGUUUGUGAGGCCCAAGGAGUUCGUUCAGGAGGAGUGGGAUGCCUUUUUCAGCAACGGCCGAAUCGACGACAUUGGCAAUGCCUGGAAGGGCAUCAUCUGGGCUAGCUAUGCGUCGGUUGACCCAAAGAAGGCCUGGGAAUUCUUCAGUUCACGCUCGUUCAGCCCCCAGUGGCUGGAUGGCGGAGCAUCGCUGACGUGGUUCAUGGCUUAUUCUGCCGGUGAGUCCUGGGUACAUUCGCUAGAGCUGAAGUCAUGGAUUGGAUGCUAA